AAUCAAGGGCCCCCCCACCCAGCCUUUUCCAACCCGUAGCCUCACAACCUCCUUCCAGCUUCUCUUCCUUCCCACACUCUGACCACAAACUCUUUCCUUCUGCAACUCAAACAAAUCGGUGUCAAUUCCUCACACAACUACAGCGUCUCUUGACAUCCUUCUUCCUUGAUCGUCUUGUCAUUUGCGAUUUGCCUACUGCGACUCAUUUGCGCUCCGCGUAAAAAGAGGACUACCCCUCACCCCCCCGUCAUAGCUCCUUACACGACACAUCACCAUCCAGCAAAAUGUCUGCCACCACGUUAACUCCCGAAGUCCUCUGGGCUCAGCGCUCCAGCACAUCUGACGCCUCCAAGAACUUUGUCUACGUGACAAUCACAGUCCCCGAUGUGCCCGCUUCCAACCUCAAGCUUGACCUCAAGCCCACCGGCCUGUCUUUCAGCGGCCACUCCGACAGCCUGAAGCGCUCGUAUGCUGUAGACCUUGAGUUCUACGCCGAGAUCGACCCUGCCGAGAGCAAAAUCAUUCACACCGGCAAGAACGUCGAGCUCAAGCUCCAAAAGAAGGAGCUCAAGGAAGAGUACUGGCCCCGCCUGCUCAAGGAGGCCAAGAAAGUCCACUUCCUUAAGACCGACUUCGACAAGUGGGUCGACGAGGACGAGCAGGACGAGGCAACCGAGGAGGACUUCUCUCAGUUCGGCGGCAUGGGUGGCAUGCCCGGCAUGGGAGGUGCUGGCGGCGACUUCGGUGGCAUCGACUUCUCCAAGCUUGGUGGCGGCGGUGGACCCGACUUGGGAGAUCUGGAAGACGAAGAGGGCGAGGACGAUGACGACAUGCCGGCUCUGGAGGGUGAGGACGACGGCAAGGAUGACGGCAAGGCCGCCGCUGCCGUCGCCGACGCCAAGGCUGCUGAGAAAUAAAGCAUUUCUCCCGCUACCCAAAACUCAUACCGAGACGGUUUCGCGGCAGUAGUCGGCCUGCAUAUUCGGCCGCACGAAGACCGUGGAUUACGCUCUAGACUAACGACCUGAAUGCACUCCCUUUUGAAAUCAAACGAUGACAAGAAAGAUAAUUCGUGAAAAUUUGGGACUGUAUGCUCCAUCCCCGGUGGCGCGAGAGAAACGGAGUUGUUGUUGUUGUUGUUGUAUUUAACGCCAUGGCGGCAAGGGCGCAACCGCCCUUGCGGCAGACCUCCCGAAGGGUAUGUGGCGUGGAGAGCCGUAGGCCUAUAACUACUACUAGAUACAGACCAAAUCGUCCUCCAAGUCGUGCCUAGAGGCAACUAUGUGUUCGAGCUGUCUCUGGGUGCCGCUGGCUUGCCCGAGACAGUGCUUUGGUCGUCCCUAAACCGCGAUUCCGCCAGUAUUUCCUCUCCCUCGACC